GUUUGACGUCACCAAGAGCGCCAGCGUGGGCGGCAAGAGGCGUCGCGCUGUGACGUGUGUUGGCCAUGGAGUCGCUGGCUGGUGUCUCCAAGCAAGGCAUCCGUGAACGAAUUUGGGACUAUAUGGAAUCACAUGAUUUAGCUGACUUUCCCCGACCUGUUCAUCACAGGAUUCCCAACUUUAAGGGUGCUUCUCGGGCUUCGGAGCAUUUCCCACACCUGCAUGCUUUCAGUGUGGCAAGAACCAUUAAAGUCAAUCCUGAUGCUCCUCAGAGAAAUGCCCGAUUCCUCGUGCUAGAGAACAAAAAGACACUGCUGGUCCCAACACCACGACUGAGGACAGGGCUGUUUAAUAAGAUCACACCACCUCCUGGAGCCACUAAAGACAUACUAAGGAAAUGUGCCACCUCCCAGGGUGUGCGGAACUUCAGUGUCCCUGUAGGAUUGGAUUCCAACGUCCUUGUGGAUUUAAUUGUAGUGGGAUCUGUUGCUGUGUCUGAGAAAGGCUGGCGAAUUGGGAAGGGAGAAGGCUAUGCUGAUCUUGAAUAUGCCAUGAUGGUGUCAAUGGGAGCUGUCCGUGAGGGGACACCAGUUGUCACCAUUGUCCAUGACUGCCAGGUUGUUGACAUUCCUGAGGCUCUUCUGGAGGACCACGAUCUCACUGUUGACUACAUCAUCACUCCCACCAGGGUCAUUGCCACAGGCUGUGCACGCCCAAAACCAACAGGGAUCAUCUGGUCCAAGGUCAGUUGUGAGAUGCUUACGAAAAUCCCAGUACUAAGGAUCCUCCGUGAACGAGAGAAGCCUGCCGGGAAGGAUGUCACUCUUCAAGCUGAGCCUGGCAGCCAGCACCUGGCUCCAAGCACUAUCAGUAGACCCUGGGAUAUACCACAGUCACAAGCAGGUUCCAUAGGAGGGGCCUAUAGCCCCCUGCAGAGCAUGGACACCCACGUAGCUGCCACUGUGUGUGUGGGAAACCUGCCCUACAAUGCUCGUGUUCGUGAGUUAAAGAGAGCCCUCCAGGAGCUGGGGGCAGUUCCCCUGAGGCUUACCUGGCAGGGGCCACAGCACAGGGCCAUUCUACACUACACAGACUCAGCUGCUGCCCAGCAGGCUGCCUCUCUCCUUCAGGGCCUACGCCUGGGUGCCAACACCUUGAGAGUGGCACUGGGACAGCAGAGGGAUACGUGACCUGGUGAGCAGCUCCCACCAGAAGAGCCAUGCCCUCUCUGUUGUUGGGAUGCCUCUGGCAUGUGACAAUUUGCCAUUGUUGGUGGCCUGCUGCUGUGUGAGGCAUAUGCUCUGUUCUUCCUGGGAAGAGGGCAGACUUUCCUAAUGGGUAAGGAUGGUAGCAUGCAACACAUCAUGAUUCUCAGGAUACUGUGAGCUCUGACUCAUUCUGACCCAUUCCAGUUCUGGUUCUGAAGUCCGUGUGAUGUUCUCUGGGUGCAGAAGGUUUAGGGACUGAGCAACAGGGACAAGAGGUAGGGAAUGGAGAGAAAGUGACCAUAGGCUCACAGAGAAGAGGCUGGGGCAGGGAUUGAGGGCAGGCAGCAGAGCCAGAAAAUGGUCCUCGUAAUCAUUGCAGACCCCCCAGUCCCACAGCACAGAAGUGGGGACGGGAGUUUACAUCCAGAGAACAGAAACCCCACAUUGUGCACAUACGCGGUCAUGUCUACCCAGGCUGUACAGCUGUAGUCAUUGGGCUUAGGGCCUCACUGUCCCCCGGUGAGGAUGAGGGGCUGGGGUGGCAGCUGCCUCUGCUUUCCCAGACAUAGCACUUGUGCCAUUGAUCCUAGGCAAAAAGUCAAAAUAAGCACUUAGGUGGAGAGUAUGUUUUAUUCACAUGUGCAUGCCUGAGAAGUUUCUUGUUUUUUACCAAUGGGUCUUCUACAGUGUCCAUUAACAUUGUCCUUUGCCCCAGAAGGGCAGGCCUUGUUCACAUAUUAAGAGGGGAAAAAAAUCUUAUGACAGAUGUCUCCUUGCAGGGACCCAGCCUUAGAAAACUGCUGGUUUAGUAACCACCCUUCCAAGUUGUCACUGGCACUAUGGGAAGCAGGCCUCAAGCUGCCUCUGGCCUUGCACCUACUAGCCUAGCCUUCCCUGCACUCCUUUCCAACAGCCACUGCUCAUCCUGUCCUCUCCCUAGUCUGCUUUCCCCAGGGUCCUCACCUGCCCUUGUGUCCCUUCUGAUCCUCAGUGCCCCCUGUGGGACAGCAGCUGCAGCAGCAUGGAGCUAUCUUUUCCCUCUUGCUGCAGACCAGGACAUGAGCACCUCAGGAAAUCCCAUGUUAGGGGAGCUGUCCAUCAGAGCUGGGAAAUGGGGAGAUGACCCUUACCCAAAUAUCAGCCAAGCCUGACUCCGUCAAAUGAUCAGUCAGGUCACCCAGAUGGUGUGGGCCUCUUGUCAGUUGUGGCCAGAAUAAUCCAGAUGUGUUGACACACAGUCUGAGCCCCUUGUGUAUUUGUGUAAAGUGGCAUCAGCACUGAAGCCCAGGUGCUCUCAGUCUCAGUCCAGGUAGAUGCUGCAGAGUGUUGUACCCUGUCUCAGGAUGCCCUCGAGGUCUAGUUCCCCAGGUGGCUGGUGAGCCACGGGUGACAAAGUCAUUACAUUCUUUGAGGCUGUGAUUGUGUAGCAUACAAUAAAAAACUGACAAAACUUUUCAGG